AGUAGACCGCAGCAGGCCAGUCCAGCUGGGGCCCACAGGCAGAGACGUACAUCGAAAGAAAAUAUCCGAGGACUCGUUUCGUUCGAAGGGAGGAAGAGAGGGAGGAGAAUUCCCAUCCGUGGAUCCUCCUCCUCCUCUCUCACCAAUUCAAUUCCCCAACCAAAGCCACCAAUCCAAUCCAAUCCAAUCCCAUCCUUGAGAGAUCGGAUCGGAUUGCAAUCGACCAUCGAUCGAUCCAAUCGCAUCCCACCAAACCCUAAAUCCUUCCGGCCGGCCAUGUCGUCCUCGUCGGCGGCGCAGCGCUACUACUGCCACCAGUGCGACCGCACCGUCUCCAUCGCCCCGCCCGCAUCCCAGGACGACGAUGUCCUCUGCCCCCACUGCGCCGGCGGAUUCGUCGAGGUGCUAGAGCUUCCCCAAGGCCAAGAUGCCAGCCCCGCCGCCUUCUUCCCCCAGGCCCAGCUGCCCUCCUUCGAUCUCCGCCACCCCAGCGACCUCUCCGCCUUCUUCGGCCCGCCCUCGCCCGAGCCGCUCGGCCAGGGCCUCUUCGACCCCUCCAACUUCCUCCACGACCACUUCGGCGGGCUCCUCUCCGGCGGCGCCACCAUCCAGAUCGUCCUCGAGGGCGGGGGCGCCGCGCCCCUCCUCGCCCCGGGCGUCAGCCUCGCCGACUAUUUCAUGGGCCCCUCGGGCCUCGAGCAGCUCAUCCAGCAGCUCGCCGAGAACGACCCCAACCGCUACGGCACCCCGCCCGCCGCCAAGUCCGCCGUCGCCGCGCUCCCCGACGUCGCCGUCUCCGCCGACAUGAUGCAGGCCGACGGUGGGGCGCAGUGCGCCGUCUGCAUGGAUGACUUCCACCUAGGGGCCGCCGCCAAGCAGCUCCCCUGCAACCACGUCUUCCACAAGGACUGUAUCCUCCCGUGGCUCGACCUCCACAGCUCCUGCCCAGUCUGCCGCUACGAGCUACCCACCGACGACCCGGACUACCAUCAGCAGCAGCAGCAGCGCGCGGCGUCCGCUCCAGCUCCGGCUCCUGCUCCCGCUCCCGCUCCCGCUCCCGCUGCUGCCUCCUCCCCCAGGGUGGCCGAGAGGAGGUUCAGGAUAUCGCUGCCUUGGCCUCUCAGGGCCGCAUUCGGUGCGGCACAGGCUGAGUCCAGCAAUCCUACCAACGAUGAUGGCAACAAUAACGACCAUGAGGCAAGUGGCGGUGGUCCUCAAAUGCAGAGCGGAUACGAUGAUCUCGACUGAGGCCGAGCCAUUCUGGAGGGCAAGGCAACGGGGCUUGGUAGGGGGACAUUUGCGAUGCAAGGAAGGAUUGCCUGAAUGAUGAAAAGAAGGCUUUUGCUUAAUUUGUCAUUGGUACUUGGAUGUAAAGAAGAGAAAGAUGGGAUUUUUGUUACUUUGGCUGUUGGUGUAGGGAUUUUCCUCCUUGGGGUGGUUGGUUAGGAGCAUGACUAGUUUGAGACCUGACUAGUGUAUGAGCAGGAGUGGUUGCCUCUUGGGCCCGGAGCCUGUAUGCUACUAUCUCUAUGAGCAGAGAGCAACACAGUUCGCUAUGAGAUCCAUUGUCUA